CACAGCCAAUACACAGAAAACAGCUUGAAUACUAUGCAUGUUUCAUUAUUUUAAAAGAGACACCAUAUCCAACGGAUCAUCGCAUCGUAUCGUGUGCAACCUCCGUCGAAAUCGCCGCAUGGCGACCGCACGCAAGUUCAAACAUACACAUAUAUAUUAUUAUUGUAUUGGUAGUCAUUCACAAAUUACCCAUACAUUGAACGGUCUUUGUACGGUACGAGAGCCGCAUUGCCCACCAGCGUCUCACACAAAUACAAGCAUAUCAACAACCUCAAAAGAAAUCCAAAAUAUUUCGCUUAGAAGCCAGAAUUAAAAAAGGUAGUCUACUAGUGAUGGAUUCAAUAUGGCGGAUGAUACACGCAAAGUUCGUGUGGAAGAACAAUUAAAAGUAAAACUUGGCGAAGCCAAGAAUUUACAAGGCCGAAACAACUGCACAAAUGGCUCGAGUGCCGCUUAUCGCGACGUUUAUUGCACAGUCGCCCUGGACCAAGAAGAAAUUACACGAACUCCAACAAUUGAAAGAACGUUAAAUCCAUUUUUCGGUGAAGAAUAUCAAUUUGAAAUACCACGAAAAUUUCGAUAUUUGGCAGUAUAUAUAUGGGAUCGAGACAAACACUUGAAACAGGACAAAGCUAUUGGUAAAAUUGCAAUAAAACGAGAAGAACUUUAUUCGUACAAUCACAAGGACCACUGGUUUGCCUUGCAACACGUCGAUGCGGACUCAGAAGUGCAGGGUAUGGCACAUAUCUUACUGUCAAUUGAUGAAGGAAUUGGCAAUCUGAAACGUAGAUCCGAUUUUGAUGACUCAUUUUCACUAAAUGCAAAAACAACGGUAAAUUCGAUAAAUAAUUUAAAUGACUUGGCUGGUGCCGGAUCUACAUCAUCAUCAGUAUUCAAUAAAAAUGAAAAUAGUAGUGAGUUUAAAGAGAAUAAAACAACGGAUGGAAAUUCUCAAGAAUGCAAUGAAAAUAUUAAAACAACAACAACAUGCACAACCGUAUCGUGUGUGACAUCUGUUCGAAACCAAUCAGGUGGAAAUAGUGGAUGCAGUAGUACACUAAGUAAAACAAGAAGCCUUUUCGGAAAUACUGAUAUUAGUUUAUUUGGUUCACAGAGCAAAAAACCUAGCUCGAGUACACUGGACACAUUAGGGCCAUUUCGAAAUGGUGUAAAAAGUCGUGUUACUUUACGUGUAGUGGAGUGUUUGGAAUUAGCUAAAAAAAAUGGCAAUUGUGAUCCAUACGUAGUGGUCACAGCAAUUUAUGCAAAUAAGAGAAAAAUUGUCAAACGAUCGAAAUCUCGGAAAAAAACGAUAAAUCCAAAGUUUGAUGAAACGAUGAAUUUUGAUUUAAGCAUCGAUUGUGACAGUAAAUCUAUGAUGGGUAAUAAUGUGUAUACUGUGGCCCCAUUGGACGGUGCCGAUUUGUUCGAACUGAGUAUUACCGCUUGGCAUGACGUUGGAAUGGGCGAAGACGUGUUUUUAGGCGAAAUUAAAAUUCCAAUGCAUGGGAAGCAGCAACAAAAUGCAAUAAAACAAGAUGCGUGGUACUACUUUCAACCACGGGCCACACUUGCUAGACCUACACGUUCCUGCGCUACCCCACCAGGCACAAGACUUAGCAGCGACAAUUCACUUGGCUCUUUGCGUCUAAAGUUGGUCUAUACAGCUGACCAUGUUUUUCCUCUUGCAACUUAUGACAAUCUAUUGAAUUUACUUAUCCAAAGUUUAGAUCAACAAAUAACUCUGUCACCGGUCUACAUUCUCGGUGAACUUGUGUCAAACAAAACAGAAAUCGCACAGCCUCUAGUUCGCUUAUUCACCCAUGAAAAUCUAAUUUCACCUAUUAUCAAGGCGCUCGCUGAUCAUGAAAUCUCCAAACUAACGGACCCAACCACAAUUUUUCGUGGCAAUACACUUGUCUCAAAAAUGAUGGACGAAGCUAUGAGACUGUCAGGAUUACAUUACCUGCAUAGCACACUACGUCCGAUUGUUGAUGCUAUUUUAGCUGAAAAGAAACCAUGUGAAAUCGAUCCAAUGCGCGUCAAAGAUAAAUCAAUGGUUGAGAAUAACUUAAUCCAUUUGCAAGAGUAUGUAGAACGAGUAUUUGAGGCUAUAAUAAAUAGUGCAGUACGCUGUCCCCCGGUUUUAUGCCAAAUUUUCCAUGAUCUCAGAGAGUGUGCGGCCAAAUAUUUUCCACAUAACAAAGAAGUGCGAUAUUCCGUCGUGUCUGGGUUUAUAUUUUUACGCUUCUUUGCUCCAGCGAUACUUGGACCAAAAUUAUUUGAUCUUACGACUGAGCCAUUGG